AUGCAGCAACUGCAAAAGACCCUCCCGGGAAAAGUCGCCGCGCUGCCGCCUACCCCGUUUUCCAACAUGACCUCCCAAGUGAUCAUCCUAGACCGCGCGUUCCUCGUCGCGAAGGGUUACAAGUUUCACGAGUUCGCCCUGCCGCCAGGCCUCGCAAUCGACACCACGGCAAAGCAGGUCGCGCUGGUCUACAACACGUUGCCGAACGACACGGCACCAUUCAAGCCAGCCGACGACGGGAUCGAGUUCAUGCCAUUUUUCACGGGCCUCGAUAUUGUCGCGUAUCCUCCUGUCGCAGCGCUGAACGCCCCUUUCGGCAAGACUUUACAAGUAACGGCGCCGGCAGGGUCGCCCAUUGUAGUCACGUUCCCCACCCCGAUCACGGAUCCGAAGUAUCCGCCGCAAUGUGCGGUGUUCAGUGCCGCUGGAGGGCCUAAGUACCUGACCACUACUGCCAACGCCGCCACCAAAACGAUCACCUGCAAGAGUUCCACACUCGCGGAGUUUACGCUCGCGUCAGGCCCCUCCGUUCCCCUUCCGCCGACACCUCCGCCCACACCUGCGCCCACGCCUGCGCCCACACCUGCGCCCGAACCUGCGCCCACACCUGCGCCCGAACCUGAGCCAACCGCUCCCCCUUCGGUUCCGCCCCCAUCUCCUGAAAAGCCCCGUUCCCCGCCUCCAGCGCCGACAACUCCCCCCGCCAGCCGCAACACAACCGUCCCCGCGAACAGCAGCAGCUCCGCCAACGCCGCGAGCAGCGCGAGUACCGCCAGUACCCCGAGCAGCAGCAGAAGCAGCAGCAGCAGCAGCAGCGGCGGCGGCGGCACGAGCGCUGCUGUAUAUAUCGCGGUCGUGCUCAUUUACAAGCAGACAGAAAUGGCUGCCCUCGCCAACGCUGCUGUUGCUCCCUCCACCUUCGUUGGCCAGAGCGCUGAGCUCGCGGCCAAGGUCAACAAUGUGGAGGCCCGCGUCUCCAUGAGGAAGACGGCCAAGGCCGCCCCCUCCAGCUCCUUCUACGGCCCCGACCGCCCUCUCUUCCUGGGCCCGUUCUCCGCCCCCCCUUCCUACCUCACCGGCGAGUAUGCUGGUGACUACGGGUGGGACACCGCGGGUCUGUCCGCCGACCCCGAGACGUUCGCCAAGAACCGCGAGCUGGAGGUGAUCCACGCCCGCUGGGCUCUUCUCGGUGCCCUGGGCUGCCUGACCCCCGAGCUGCUGGCCAACAACGGCGUCGAGUUCGGCGAGGCCGUGUGGUUCAAGGCCGGUGCCCAGAUCUUCUCCGAGGGCGGCCUCGACUACCUCGGCAACCCCAGCCUGAUCCACGCCCAGUCCAUCCUGGCCAUCUGGGCUUGCCAGGUGAUUCUGAUGGGCGCCGUUGAGAGCUACCGCGUGGGUGGCCUUGAGGGCUUCCAGGAGGUGGAGGACCCCCUGUACCCCGGCGGUGCCUUCGACCCCCUGGGUCUGGCUGACGACCCCGACGCUCUCGCGGAGCUGAAGGUGAAGGAGCUGAAGAACGGCCGCCUCGCCAUGGUGUCGAUGUUCGGAUUCUUCGUCCAGGCCAUCGUGACCGGCAAGGGUCCCCUUGAGAACCUGUCCGACCACCUGGCUGACCCCACCGUGAACAACGCCUGGGCCUAUGCCACCAACUUCACCCCCGGCCAGUAA